CAGACAGGCUCUCACCAAGACCAGGAAAGGGUAGCAAGCGCACGCUUUGGCAGAACAAAAAUAAAUACUUAGUGUUUCAUCCGGUUGUUUCUUUACUACUACAUCUCUUCUGUUUUUUCUUUUGGAGGAUAGCUGUAAAUUAAAAGCAGCAGAAUGUACAGCAUGAUGGAAACCGAGAUCAAAGGCACGCAUUCGCAGCCCAACACGGGCUCUGCGGCGGGAGGCAACAAUUGCAAAAGCAACAGCGGCAACGCCAACGAUCAGGACCGGGUGAAGCGGCCCAUGAACGCCUUCAUGGUGUGGUCCAGGGGACAGCGGAGGAAAAUGGCUCAGGAAAACCCCAAAAUGCACAACUCUGAGAUCAGCAAGCGUCUGGGGGCAGACUGGAAACUGCUGACAGACGCGGAGAAGCGACCCUUCAUUGACGAGGCGAAGAGGCUGCGAGCCAUGCACAUGAAGGAACACCCGGAUUAUAAAUACCGACCCCGCAGGAAGACCAAGACCCUGCUCAAGAAAGACAAGUACUCCUUACCCGGCGGGCUCAUGGCGCCUGUUGCCAACACUGUCAACGGCUCCGUCUCGGUGGGACAGAGGAUGGACAGCUAUGCCCACAUGAACGGCUGGACCAACAGCGCGUAUUCCCUGAUGCAAGACCAGCUGGGUUAUUCUCAGCACCCGAGCAUGAACAGCCCCCAGAUCCAGCAGAUGCACCGGUACGAGAUGGCUGGGCUGCAGUACAACCCCAUGAUGUCCACCGCACAGACCUACAUGAAUGCGGCUUCCACGUACAGCAUGUCCCCGGCUUACACCCAGCAGACGACGAGCGGCAUGGGCUUGGGUUCGAUGGCGUCGGUGUGCAAGUCGGAGCCCAGCUCUCCUCCACCGGCAGUCACGUCCCAUUCCCAAAGAGCGUGCCUGGGCGACUUGAGGGAUAUGAUUAGCAUGUACCUCCCUCCCGCUGGAGACGGCUCAGACCAUGCCUCGCUCCAGGCCAGCAGGUUACACAGUGUGCACCAACACUACCAGAGCGCUGGGACUGGCGUGAACGGUACGCUCCCACUCACCCACAUUUAAAACAAACCAAGCCAAGAGACUUGAACUCCGCAGUACUUUUGGAUACUUGAACACUUUGUUCUCUGAAAACUGUGAAUCGGAGAAAUAAUAAACAAAAAGAGUAAUGCAAUUUUUUUUUUUUUUUUUUUUUUCAAACGAAACUGUCGGAACUGUCCGAGCCCGGCAGAGUUUUUAAAGAUGUAUUGCAAAGAGGCUUUUUUAUGACGAGAACCUGAGUAAUCGAGUUCAGUAGAAGAAUUGGACUUCAUUUUAAAAGAUGGCAAGGUGGUUGUCCCCCCCCCCCCCC